AGAAUCAGCUGCAGUGCAUGGCAGCAACCCAACGACAAACGCAAAAUAUCCCAUUCUUGACUUUUUAUCUGGGAAAUCGUGCGAAAAAGCCUGAAUCACCAGUGACUGUCAAAUUCUUAUGUUCCAAUUCGUUAGUCGGUGUUAAGUUUAGUUUAAAGAGAUGGCCAAUAUCGCGGCGCAGAGGAUAAAAAGGGAGUUUCGAGAGGUGGUCACCUCCGAAGAGGUCCAAAGAUGUGCAAUCAAACUGGAGCUGGUCAACGACACCUUCACAGAACUUCGAGGCGAAAUCGCGGGACCCCCCGACACGCCGUACGAAGGAGCAAAUUAUGUCCUUGAAAUCAAAGUGCCCGAGACUUAUCCGUUCAACCCUCCCAAAGUUCGUUUUGUCACGAAAAUUUGGCAUCCAAAUAUUUCAUCGGUGACUGGCGCUAUUUGUUUGGACAUUCUCAAAGAUCAAUGGGCUGCGGCUAUGACUUUACGUACAGUCUUGCUCUCCCUCCAGGCUCUCUUGGCCGCUGCUGAACCUGACGACCCUCAGGAUGCAGUGGUAGCUCGACAGUACAAGGAAAAGAACGAACUCUUCAGGCACACGGCCAGGCAUUGGGGGUCAGCCUAUGCAGGAGGGCCCGACCGAAACGUUGAGUUCGAGAACAAAAUACGACGUUUGUUGGAUAUGGGUGUCGAGGAACACAAAGCCAGAGUGGCCCUUUCCUCCUACGACUGGGAUCUUGAGAGAGCUACCGAGCAGCUCUUCAGCUAGUGGUGAAAGAAAGCUUGGCAAAUGUAAAUUGGUUGGAUCGAGAGAGAAUGGAAGAACAUUUUUAAAAAUCGUGCCGUACUUGAAAUUCACUGCGAAGUACCGAGCAGUUGUUUAUUUUAUUGAAAGUUUCAAUCCGAAACUCCCGACGAAUUUAAUUUAAAGCGCACCCUUGUUAUUUCACCCACCACCUAUAUAAAUUCUUCGCUGUUUUUUGUUUGUUUUUCAAUUUAUUGGUUGUCUGUUUAAAUGCUUAUGUAGCUUAUGAUCUAAAAAUUUUGCUCUUCAAGUUUGUCUUAAGAAAAAACCAAGUCUUUAGUUUGAAUGAAAAGUACUCAACUUGAUAGUUGUGAUAAAAUUAUUACCUAACAAUAAAUGAUAUAAAGCAAA